AUGACCGGAGCCAUCAGCUACCACCCGUACGGCAGCCCUGCCUACCCCUACCAGCUCAACGACCCCGCGUACAGGAAAAACGCCACCCGCGACGCCACGGCCACGCUGAAGGCCUGGCUGCAGGAGCACCGCAAGAACCCCUACCCCACCAAGGGCGAGAAGAUCAUGCUGGCCAUCAUCACCAAGAUGACCCUCACCCAGGUCUCCACCUGGUUCGCCAACGCCCGCCGGCGGCUCAAGAAGGAGAACAAGAUGACCUGGGCUCCGCGGAACAAGAGCGAGGACGAGGACGACGACGAAGGUGACGGGGCGAGGAGUAAAGAGGAGAGCCCCGAGAAGAUGCCCGAGAGCAACGAAACCUCCGCGGAGGACGAAG